AUGGAGGAGACCUCUCCCUAUCAAGUUUCAUACCUGGAUAGCGCAUACCCUCUACGGGAGCUUGAAGAUGUGAUACCAUGCUCUCUUUUCAGCAAAGUGAGGAACUAUCUCCUUCAGAAGCCCUUCCCACACCAUCGGUCGUAUUAUGAUUCCUUCCAGAUAUUCGCCGUAAAGGAAAUCGAGCUCAGUGGGUUACCGAUUGCGCACUUGGUACGGGGUUCAGGUGCCUUUGACGGGACUGCUUGCUUGGGCAUCUUUGGGAACUAUCCAACAUUUCGAUCCGACUAUCUCGAAGAUGGCGAGUGUGCGGAUCCAACAAACCCUUGCAUGCGCAUGCUUCUUCGGAAAGGGUUAUUACCAGGCAGGAAUGGGAUCGAUAUGUGGGAUAGGUGGCAUCGGCGAGAAUCAACUGCUCUUCGACGUUUUCUUGAGCGAGACCAGGAUUUGUGGCGGGGAGUUUCAGAGAAUGUUCAAGCACUCCACCGACAAUUCGCCGUCGACAGUCUUAUCCUCUCAAACCCUAAGGUUGUCUUAGCUGUCGGAGCUGCAGCCCAAAAGUGGAUCCACGAGCAAGAACCCAACGUUAAAAGCUUCCUAGUAAAAGGAAUUCGCGUCGGGAUUCAUAUAGAUGAUCAUGAUUCUAUGCCAAUCAAAAGAAUUGUUAUUGGAUGCCCUCACCCGGAAACAAUGUUUUUCCCAAAGGCGAAUUUAUUCGGAAGAUUAAUGGAUGAAGCGAUAAAUUUCGCUGUCGGGUUGGCCGGGCUCACAGCUCUUCCAAUACUGAAGGACUAUUUCACAAUCAAAGGGGAAAAUAUGGAGCGGCGGCGUCGCUCAACUGAGUCACCUUGGACUUUAACUGGACAGGAAAGCCGCGUGAUUCUCGUCGCUCGGAUGCGCAACUUCGAAAAAGAGACCAAUAACGCCAUCCCAUUUAGGGAUAUCCCCGAUUCAAUUCUUUGGGCGUAUGCUUUAAAGAAGGGUAUUAAAUGUACUGAAGAGGAGAUAAAAAAUACCCUCGAACCAGGGCAGACGCUAUGUGGGGCAAUUCUGCGAUCAUAUGCCUCAGCUAGCCAUAAAAUUAUGGAGGAGAGAGGAUGGCCGAACUUGAAAGAAGGCACGAGAGUGCAGGCUGCGGGAGGCUGGAAGUCCUUGAAGAAAGCAGCCAUGAAUUUGAAGGAGGCAACCGCGGUUAAGAGAACAAUGGAGGGAAAGUCGAUCCGAGGACAUCAAAAGAAGAAAUGUUCAGUAUGUGGUAUGAUAUUCCUGUCGAGGCAAGGCCUCUGGGAGCAUAGAAAAAAGACGCAUGAGAAAGUAACCUUCAGGUGUUCUGAUGUUUCUUGCCAUAAGACAUAUCAAAGUAGAAGUGGGCUUGCAAAGCAUAGGAAAACCCGUCACGAUAUUAAUGUUCAUCAAGAGUCUCGAAUUUAA